AUGUCUUCUUCCCUGACCAUCCUGGAAGUCGAUCUCGCCAUAGCGGACCUCGACCAAAUCGAGAUCUGCCAGCUCAAGAACGCUCUAGGCCGAGCUGAAGAUGUAAUUAGGCAUCUCGAAAAGCUGAAGGAUGUCGACCAGAUGGAGAUCGUUCAGCUACAAGCCCAUAUCGACGAGCCGGGAAAGAUGAUCAAGGCCCUACAAGAGGAGAACAGUCGUCUCAAAGGACGAAACUUAGAGAUUCUGAGCAACACCCAAGAACCCCGCCAUACGGCUCAGGGGUUCUCUUCCCACCAUCACUCCGACAUCACGCGUACAAAUCUGCUGGUUUUGGACUCACAGUCCGCCUCGGCAUCGACUGAAGAGGCUGUCGCCAUCAGUACGGAGGACUUGAAUAUGGAUGAUGCCGUCAAGGACGAUUACCUCUCUGGUUCUGACAGCGGAUUCGAAGAUGUUGGCUCUGAGAACGGUUUGGAUUCUACCUAG